UCGCGCGGGUACACUUCAUUACGGCCAUUUCCACCGCGGUUCUUUUUUCGGUGUGUGUCACUGAACCACACACACGUGAGUUCGCAAACCGAAACGGGGUACCACACGUGCCAUAUCCAACCCCUCAGUACUCAGUGUUGGUGUCAGGAUUCAAGCGAAGAUCAAGUGCGGGCUGUGGUGCUACUUAGAUCAAUAACACGCGUAUGGUGCUUUGACCUCACGGUUUCGCGAGAUUGUGUCCAGGCCUAGAUAGGAAGUUUAGUGACGUUCGUGUUAGUGACAACAUCUCAGUUUGUUUUCAUCGAAUUAGUGAGAACGACUUGCGAGCGGCCGGCCAUAUUGCAUACCACGUCGAGAGAGAGCCCCUGCGUUGACUAUGCGAGAGCAACGGAGAUAGCCGUCAUCUCCAGAGGCUGAGCAAGUUCGGUGCGCGCGGGGCGCGGAGCGAUGGAAUGUUAGAAGGACCCGACGACGUCUAACGCACGUGCACGAAAUGUUCGGAUAGGAUUUUGGAUAGCCUCUCAAACAUGCACUAUUGGAUUCUGACAUUCGGAUGCAUCUGGCUGGCGGGGGCCAGAACCCCGGGACCUGGACCGGGUAACUACCCCGACAUCCCUUUCGGAUAUACUGCUCAAAUGCAAUCUCGUGCCGUAGACACUAGGGUAACACUUGAAGUUCUAGAAGGCCAGCCUAAAGGUACCGUUGUAGGAAAAAUCCCGAUUAAACCAGGAUUUACGUAUCGCUUCAAUGAACCACCAAAGGAGUUUACUUUAGAUCCGAACACCGGCGAAAUUCGCACCAACGCCGUUCUAGACAGAGAAGCGUUGAGGAACGAUCGAUGCGACUUGGUGGUACUAUCUAGCCAGCCGACAUAUCCCAUAGAAGUACGUAUAGUAGUUGUCGACAUAAACGAUAACUCUCCGGAGUUUCCAGAAGCGAGCAUUGCGGUGUCGUUCUCGGAAAGUGCAGUAGCCGGUACUCGGCUCUUGCUAGAUGCGGCCUCUGACAAAGAUGUAGGCGUUAAUGGCAUAACAGACAAUUACGAAAUCGUUGCCGGCAAUUACGAGGACAAAUUCAAGCUCGUCGUUACACCAAAUCCAACAGGGGAAACCUCGUACUUACACCUAGAAACCACCGGAAGACUAGACAGGGAAACUCAGGGAUUUUAUAUGCUAAACAUUUCCGCCAAAGAUGGAGGUAACCCCCCACGAUAUGGAUACCUCCAAGUCAACGUAACGAUCUUAGAUGUAAAUGACAACCCUCCUAUUUUUGAUCAUAGCGAUUACACUGUUUCUCUCAAUGAAAGCGUACCACCAAAUACUCCCGUACUCCAAGUGAUGGCUACGGACAAUGACUUGGGAGAUAACGCCAAAAUCACCUACUAUCUAGCUGAUACUGUAACGCAAUUCACGGUUGAUCCAGAAACAGGAAUAAUUUCGACAACUGAACCUUUGGAAUGUCCACCAGCUCAAAAUUGUCCACAUAAUAUUAGGCCUGGAGGCGGUUGCCCAAAAAGCUGCGUUUUUACAGUUUUCGCCAGAGAUCAUGGUACGCCUCGACAAGAUGGCAGGACGUACGUCACAGUGAAUUUAGUGGAUGCAAAUGACCAUGACCCAAUCAUUAAAUUCCGAUAUUUCCCAUCAACUGCGGGUUUUGCGACUGUGGAUGAAAACGCAGGAAAUGGAUCAGUUGUAGCAGCAAUCUCUGUGGUUGAUCAAGAUGAAGGUUUGAACGGUGAAACCAAUGUACGGAUAGUUUCAGGUAAUGAAAUGAAUCAUUUCAGAUUAGAUUUUACCCCUAGCUUUACGAUAGUCAGAGUAAACGGUGUGCUAGAUCGCGAAGAAAUCUCAAAGUACAAUUUAACGGUGGUAGCAACGGAUAAAGGAACGCCGCCAAGGACCGCAACCGCCUUUCUGAUCAUCCACGUAAACGAUGUCAACGAUCAUGAGCCUGUAUUUGAGAAAAGUGAAUAUUCAGCGACACUGAGCGAGUUGGCACCUCCAGGGACUUAUGUAGCCGGUAUUAAAGCCACCGAUGAAGAUACUGGAGUCAAUGCGCAGAUUUAUUACGCGUUUGUCUCCGGCAACGAGCGACAAUGGUUUUUUAUCAACCAGGAUACGGGAUUGAUUACCACCAAGAUAAAUUUGGACAGAGAAGUCCAAGGAAGCGUCGAAUUGAAUAUAUCUGCCAGAGAUGGUGGGCCAAAUCCCAAAUGGGCAUAUGCGCAGCUCAAAGUAACUAUUUUGGACGAAAACGAUGAAUCGCCGGAAUUUUCACAGUCGCAUCUGAACGUAACAUUGUCAGAAAGCACACCACCCGGAACACUAGUUGCAAUGCUAACAGCAUCUGAUCAUGACCAAGGAGCCAAUGGAAGUGUUGCCUAUACACUAAACCCUGGAGUACAACAACGCUAUGACGGUACUUUUUCUUUGGAUUCACUUACUGGACAACUCACCACAAAAACAAAGUUAGACCGCGAAAAGAUAUCAAGCUACGAAAUCUACGUGAUAGCUAGAGAUCAAGGCAUUCCUCCUCAAUCCUCAACUGCUACAGUGUAUCUCACUAUUCUGGACGAGAACGACAAUACUCCAGAGUUUUAUCCACAGAAGUACUUCGUUCCUGUUCCAGAAGACGUAAAACCUGGAAACUCCAUCCUCAAGGUAACUGCGAUUGACAAAGAUGAAGGCGAAAAUGCUAUGAUUAUGUACAAACUAGAGAGCGGAGGUGAUGGCCUAUUUACAGUAGAUGAAUGGUCGGGAGUUAUCACCUUGAGAGGAAAUCUGAAAAGCGCCUCAAAGCCAAUUCACCGCCUUAUCGUUUCUGCUCAAGAUCGUGGAGACAAAAGAGCACCGGAAGAUGCUACUGUUGAAAUCAUCAAAGACACUUACAUGGAGGAGUUGCAUUUUGAUAGUUAUGGAGGAUAUGAGUUUCACAUUUUAGAAGAUCCUGGCAAUUCCUCAGUUGUUAGAAAGCGAGAAGUGGGAACUGUACGGGUAAGGAAUGGUGAGGCAACCUACUCGAUAGUUUAUGGAGAUUUAAAUAGAAAUUUUGAUAUUGAUGAACACACAGGAAAGAUCACAACUACAAAAAAUAUAGACAGAGAACAAAGUUUGACUUACAGUUUGACAGUCGUGGCAAGAACUGGAUUAGCAUACGGUAAAACCACUGUGAAUAUAGUAGUGCAGGAUUUAAAUGAUAACAGACCGGUAUUUAUCAGGGAGAAGGAGAUUGUAAAACUCCUAGAAAAUGCCGCUGUAGGUCAGGAAGUUUACGUGGCUCGUGCCAGAGAUCUGGAUGCAGGGAUUAACAGUCGAAUGACAUACAGCCUCACGUAUAAUCCAGAUAAUCAGUUUAGGAUAUCGGAGGCCACCGGUGUGAUUUAUUUAAACAGGCCCAUUCGUGCUGAUCCAGGUACUCUGUUGCACAUGGAGGUUACAGCUACAGAUGGAGGAGAACCUCCUCUAUCUUCUAAGCACUCAGUGACGAUUACAAUCGAAGAUGUGAAUGACCACACCCCAGUCUUUGAUCAUACCUCCUACGAAACAUCUCUGCUAGAAUCUACGCCAGUGAACGAAAGAUUCUUCGCAUUAGCAGCUAGUGACGCUGAUCUUGGCAAAAAUGGAAGAGUAUCCUACGCCAUCACUGAAGGAAACAACGAGGAAAAGUUUGGAAUUUUCCCAGAUGGCUACUUGUACGUCAGGAAAUCAUUGGAUAGAGAAGACAAGGAUUAUUAUUCCUUAACAGUGAUGGCUUCAGAUUCUGGACAACCUUCAAGAUCGUCGGUAGUUCCGGUUGUGAUUCAUGUUAUAGAUGAGAACGACAAUGCACCAGAAUUUGUGAACAAUACCUUCACCUUCAGCAUUAGAGAAAAUGACCCUCCAGACUCCUUCGUAGGCAAGCUCACGGCAACAGACAAGGACAUUGGAAGAAACGCUGAGUUGAUAUUCUCACUUUCCAGUUUGCAGAACGACUUUUCGGUGGAUCCCAAGAACGGUUUUAUCAAAACCUUGCACGUAUUCGAUCGCGAAAUGUUGGUGCAAACUACGGGACAGAACUUUAUGAGCUUGGAGGCGGUCGUAACAGAUAACGGCAACCCCAGGUUGCGAGAUAAGGUCAAAGUAAACGUAUAUAUCACAGACGUUAAUGAUAACCCACCGAAAUUCCUCAGAGCCCCGUACAGGAUACAAAUAUCGGAAGGAUCAUCGAUCGGAACCCAGGUACUGCGACUUUACACAACAGACGCUGACGAGGGUCUCAAUGGAGAUGUUUUUUAUAAAAUCACUGGAGGAAAUACAGAUGGAAGCUUUGAAAUUGAUGACGCUACUGGGCAGAUAAGUCUAGCUAGAUCGCUGGAUAGAGAAAAAUCUUCCAAGUAUACUUUGACAGUUGAGGCGUAUGAUGCAGGAAUAACUAAACAGCUAAGUUCUUCAACUUUGGUUGAAGUAGAUAUUUUGGACGAAAACGACAACGCUCCAGAGUUUACACAGACAGAAUCAAAAAUUUCUGUAAGCGAAACAGCAUCAGUGAACACAGAGUUGAUUCAGUUCAAAGCAACGGAUGCAGACUUGGGCGUAAACAGCGAGGUAGUAUAUUCCAUAACAGCAGGAAAUAGAAAGGAUGCAUUUCACGUGGACGCCAUGACAGGUGUGCUACAUUUACACAAACCGUUGGACUACGAAGAGUUGGCCAGCUAUCAGUUGAAUAUUACAGCAUCUGAUAACGGCAAUCCGAGAUUAUCUACUACCAUUUUGUUUGGCGUGCUGGUAGAAGAUGCCAACGAUAACCCGCCUUCUUUCCCGAGCACGGCUAUCGUGAGGCAGAUCCGUGAGGGUAUCCCGGUGCACACCCCCAUAGUUACGGUGACAGCCGACGACCCGGACUCCAGCAUCAACGGGAAGGUCACCUACGCUAUCUCAUACCAAGACCCUGAAAAUACGAACAGGCACUUCGGAAUCAAUGCUGUAACUGGCGUAAUACACACAUUGUUGCCGAUAGAUCGAGAGACUGUAGACACUUUUAGACUCACUGUCAUAGCAUCAGAUCAAGCGGAACCACCGUCUAGUCGGCUAUCAGCAGAAAAGUUAGUCACGGUGAUAGUAGAGGAUGUUAAUGAUAAUGCUCCAGUUUUUGUGUCGAUGAACGCAGCGGUUUUGCCCAAAAUCGAUCUGAAGCGACACAGAGAAGAAGUUGUGGUGAUGAACGUCUUUGCCAGGGAUUUGGAUUCCGCUACAAACGGCCUGGUCACAUACGAACUAGCAAGCGGCAACAGUGACUUAUUCCGAUUGGAUCAAAGCACCGGAGCUCUAAAACUCAAACGUCCGAUUUACAAUCCCGAGCCAACGUACCGUUUGAGUGUCAAGGCAACAGAUGAGGCAGUUCAAAGUGAGCGAAAAUACACAGAAACCUACUUGACGGUAAUCGCGACGAACGACGUGGAAAACGGGCCUAAGUUCGAAAGCGGUCUAUUCACGGGUAGCGUGUACGAAAACGAACCUGUAGGAACAAGUAUUUUGAAAGUUUCCGCGAAAUACCACUCCGGUGAAAUCGAGUACUAUGUGACCAAUGUGACCGGUGGUGGCGCGCAAGUGGACAGACUGUUUGAUAUUGAUACCAAGUUGGGAGUACUUUCUACGGCAACGGAGUUGGACAGAGAGCUGGGAGUUGACACUUACGAGAUCGAGGUCUACGCCAUCCUUACAGGGACCGAGACAAUCAAAACUUCUAAGACUAAGCUGCUGGACGAAAACGAUUAUUAG